AAAGUACCAAAAAAAAAAACUGAUGAAUUAAAAAAAAAAAAGAAGAAGAAGAAUUUAUAUCAAUUUACCGAAACUGUUCGAGUAUUUGUUCGCAUUUCACAUUGUUUUUGCAGAAUUAUCUUUCUGAUAUUCCCACUUUUUUUUAAUUUUUUGCAGAUAAUAUUUUCAUUAUAUCAUAUGUAUUAAUUUUUUUUUCUUCAGUUUCAUAUCUUUGCUCCUUGAUCACGCCCUCUAUUGGGGAAUUUUUCUUUUUGUUUUUCGUUUUUAUUUAUUUUUUUUUCCUGAGAGAGAUUUUGUGGUGCUUUGCUCUGAUUUGCUUGGAAGAUUCGAAAACUUUUGUGGGUUUUGAUUGUUGAGAUUGCAAAAAACGCUCUCUGUGCUCACCGAUGCCAGAUACUCGGCAACCCCAGAAGAAUGCUGUUCCAAAUCAAUCCGAUGGUAACAUUGAAGAAGCAAUAUGGCGGUUAAAAAUCAAUGAUAAUCAAGAAGGGGGUGGUCUGUCUCAAUCAAAUCCAUUCCCGGACCGUCCUGGUGAACCGGAUUGCAUAUAUUAUUUGAGGACUGGAUCAUGUGGUUAUGGUAAUAACUGUCGGUUCAAUCACCCUGCUUAUGCUCCACAGGCUCAGUACAAUGGAGAGCUUCCUGAAAGAGUUGGACAGCCUGACUGUGGGUAUUUUCUGAAGACUGGGACUUGCAAAUAUGGGUCUACUUGUAAGUUUCAUCACCCAAGAGACAGGCGUGGUGCUGGACCAGUUUCAUUUAACAUUUUAGGUCUCCCCAUGCGUCAGGAAGAAAAAUCUUGUCCGUAUUAUGUGCGAACUGGAGCAUGUAAAUUUGGACCUGCAUGCAAGUUUCAUCAUCCCCAGCCUGCAUCCCAUGGAACUGUAUUUCCUGUUGCUCCUCCUGCUUAUGGAUCAGCUGGCUCCACAGUGCUGCCUUCUUCGAAUCUACCAUAUGCAGGUGGACUUCCUGCUGCAUGGUCAUUGCCUAGAGUUCCUUAUCUUUCUGGUCCACAACCUCAACCACCACCUUAUGUGCCUGUUGUUGUCUCUCCUUCUCAAGGAAUUAUAUCUGCGGGAGUCUGGAACACCUAUGUGGGGAACAUGAGCCCUGCAUCUUCCACGGGUUUUCUUGGAUCCAAUUAUGUGUUCAACCCUAGGAAUCCAGGUGAAUCAGGUUCUGGUGGACAAGUAAACUUACUGCAUUCAACUCCAAGUCUCCCAGACAGACCUGAUCAACCGGAAUGCCGCUAUUUUAUGAACACUGGAACUUGCAAAUAUGGAACAGACUGCAAGUAUCAUCAUCCAAAAGAAAGGAUUGUGCAACCGGCCACCAUCGCCAACCAAAUUGGGCUUCCCUCGCGGCCUGGGCAGGCUGUAUGUUCAUAUUACAGUAUGUAUGGACUAUGCAAAUAUGGUCCAACAUGCAAAUUUGAUCACCCUGCUGUGCCGAAUGUUUAUAAUUAUGGCAUGACCCUUCCCACCAUGCUUGAUUCGCCUUAUUUAAGUUAUCCCAAAGGUUCUCCAACAGCCCAUGUACCAGAGAUUUCUCAUUCCCUACCAUCAAAAUCAUUUGAUGUGGUAAACAAACCUUUGAGCUACCAAAAUCAUAACUCAGAUUCAAGACUCUCGGAUGAUUCUGCUAAACAGACUAGUUCUUUGGUACACUCCUCACCAUCUUCUGAAGCUUCAGAAGACCAAUCUGGUUGAGGCGAUCCUUUUUUUUUUUUGGUCUUCCUGUUAUUUUCCUUUUUCUGGUGCAUGCCCUUCAUUGGAUUAGUAAUUUGAAGGAAACAUCAUCUAUCACAUGUACCUACUGUCCCCCAUUUUCACCUGCCUGAGGAGUGAAUGAAUAGGUUGUUUGAAAUCAGUGGGGUGAUAGUAGGCAAUUUUUUGAGGUGAAUAAUACGCAGGUGGGAAAUUGUAAGGUCUCUCUUUUUCCUUUUUUUUUAACCUUUGUCUUGGGAUAUUUGUUUACCACUUUUUUUUUUUUUAAUGAUAGAUAAAACACAUACUUCAAAUA